AAUUCAAAAAACGGAUGCCUAAAGUGCGUAUGUGAAGGCGAAUAUUCCUAUGAAUCUCGCACUGUAAUAUUUACAUCAUUAAAUUGCGCCAAACGAACUGACCAAGAGUUCCGAAUGAAUUCCUAUAGUCGUCAUCAAAAAACUGCAACGCCUCUGAUUGAUAUCCCUAAUCUGGAUUUAAUUCAAAACAUUAUCGUGGCUGAUAGACUUCAUCUCAUUGAUUUGGGCGUAAUGAAACGAUUAUUGAUUGGAUGGAGGGAUGGCAGCCUUGGAUUCGCAGCUAAAUUAUCGUCUCUACAAAUUAAUGACAUGUCUGCCAUGCUUUGUAAUAUUCAGCUUCCAUCUGAAAUUCAUCGCAAGUUCAGAGGCUUGGACUAUCUUGCCCACUGGAAAGGAACUGAAUUUAAUAAUUUCUUGCAUUAUGCCAGCAUAGUUGUGUUAAAAAAACAUCUUUCCUCGGAGGCUUAUCAACAUUUCCUUUUAUUUUAUUGCUCCAUAACGAUGCUCUCAUCAGAUUUAUACAAAUCAAACUGGCACGUAGCUAGAAAAAUGUUGGAAAAGUUUAUAAUUGAUUUCAUGACGAUCUACGGGCAACAGUAUAUCACGAGUAACAUUCAUAACCUUCAACAUAUUGUAGAUGAGGUAGAGGCGUUCGGCUCAUUAAGUACGAUGGCAGCAUAUCCCUUUGAAAAUGGUUUACAACGGCUGAAGCAUUUGAUACGCAGUGGAUCUAAGACUUUGGAACAAGUAAUAAAUCGACUAUCGGAAUUAAAUUCACAUGAUUAUUACAAGACACAUCAAUCUUCAAAAAAAUAUCCUUCUAUUACCAUCUGCGGAGAAUCUGUCCGCGCUGAAUUAGAGGAAUGGUUCGUUCUAAGCACGUCUCACAGGAAUGCUUGGUUUCUGACUAAAACCAAUCAAGUAGUACGGUUUGUCAACGCAAUUCAAACUCCAACCCUAAUUAUUUACGGCAAAGUUGUGAUAAGAAACAGAAUUUUUUUUCAAGACCCUUUUACCUCAUCUGUGUUACACAUAUUCUGUGGUAAUAUCAAUAAUUUGUCCGCGAAUGAGUUCCUUUUUAGUUAUGACGAAAUCAAGUGCAAGUUAGUUGCAGUUCAAAGUGGCGAUGAAUUUGUAUUUAUACCUCUCCUACACACUCUAAAAUAG